AUCCGCGUCCGGCGGCGGCCCCGCGGCCCGGCCAGGCCCGGCUCCCUCUGGCGUUCCCCGCCCUGCCCCGCCCCGCGGCCCUUCGCCCAUCAUGUUGGUGCCCGUGUUCACGCUGAAGCUCAACCACAAGAUCCUGCCCCGCAUGGUGGCGCUGGGCCGGUACGACGGGACGCACCCCUGCCUGGCGGCCGCCACGCAAGCGGGCAAGGUUUUUAUUCACAAUCCUCAUGCCCGAGGACAGAGAAUAAACACAAACCGAAUGGUGCAAAGUAACCAAGAUUCAGACAUUUCUCUUCUGAACAUUAAUCAAGGGAUUACUUGUUUGACUUCGGGGGUGCUGAACCCACAGCUGGGUUAUGACUGUCUUCUGGUUGGAACACAGACUAAUUUAUUGGCUUACGAUGUGUAUAACAACUCAGAUUUGUUUUACAGAGAGGUUUCAGAUGGAGCCAAUGCAAUAGUUCUUGGGAAGCUGGGAGAUAUUUCACCUCCACUUGCUAUUAUUGGUGGAAACUGUGCCCUGCAGGGCUUUGAUUAUGAAGGAAAUGACCGUUUUUGGACGGUUACUGGAGACAACGUUCGUUCAUUAGCACUGUGUGACUUUGAUGAUGAUGGAAAAACUGAGCUUCUUGUUGGCUCUGAAGAUUUUGACAUCCGCGUGUUUAAAGAAGAUGAGAUUGUGGCAGAAAUGUCAGAGACAGAGACAAUCACUGCACUUAGCCCCAUGUAUGGCAGUCGCUUUGGCUACGCUCUUGCCAAUGGCACCGUCGGAGUUUACAACAAGGCGGCGCGCUACUGGAGAAUUAAGUCAAAAAACCAAGCAAUGAGCAUACAUGCAUUUGACCUGAACUCUGAUGGAGUGUGUGAGUUGAUCACUGGCUGGUCAAAUGGGAAGGUUGAUGCACGCAGUGACCGGACUGGGGAGGUCAUCUUUAAGGACAACUUUGCUUCCUCAAUUGCAGGACUGGUGGAGGGGGAUUACAGAAUGGAUGGGAGCACCCAGUUAAUCUGCUGCUCAAUUGAUGGUGAAGUCCGAGGCUAUCUGCCAGGAGGUGAGGAAAUGAAAGGGAACCUAAUGGAUACAAGUGCUGAGCAGGAUCUUAUCCGAGAACUUAGUCAAAAGAAGCAAAAUCUGCUGCUGGAAUUGAAAAAUUAUGAGGAAAAUGCAAAGGCUGAAUUGAACACUCAGUUGAAGGAAGCUGAUGGGCAGAGAGGUCUGAUUCCAGCAAACACCCAACUCCAGACAGCCCUCUCAGUUAAUCUGGGCUCUGACAGCCAGUCUGCCCAUGUGGAGCUGUGUAUUUCCACCACAAAUGACACAAUCAUCCGUGCUGUGCUGAUCUUUGCUGAGGGCAUAUUUGAAGGAGAGAGCCAUGUGGUCCACCCCAGUCUCCAGAACCUCUCAGGCUGUGUUCGUGUUGCCCUUACUCCACCCAAAGAUGUCCCUGUGGAUUUGCACAUCAAAGCCUUUGUGGGUUACCGAAACAGCACACAGUUCCAUGUAUUUGAGUUGACAAGACAGCUUCCUCGCUUUUCCAUGUAUGCCCUGAGCAGCCCAGACUCGGCCACAGAGCCCCUGAGCUUUGUUAACUGUACCAUGAAUGAGAGGCCACAAAGGAUCGUUAUGUGGCUGAAUCAGAGCUUCUUGCUGCCAGAGGAUGCAGAGUUUCAGAGUGCUCCCUUUCAGGUUUGCUUCACUUCCCUUCGUAAUGCAGGUCAGCUCUGCAUCAAAAUCAAGCAUGGUGGAGAGAUUUCCAUCAACACAGAUGAUAUUGAUCUAGCUGGUGAUAUUAUCCAGUCAAUGGCCUCUUUCCUGGCCAUUGAAGAUUUACAGGUGAAAGCAGAUUUUCCUGCGUACUUUGAGGAGCUGCGUAAAGUAUUGGUGAAGGUGGACGAGCAUCACACAGUUAAUCAGUGGAUCACUGCUGACAUGGCUGAACUCUCCAACCUCAUCCGCAGCAUGUUGGUUCAGGCGGAAGAUGCCCGGCUCCUGGGAGACAUGAAAACCAUGAAGACACGGUACAGCGAGCUGUAUGACCUGAACAGAGAUUUAAUAAGUCAAUACAAAAUUCGUUGCAACAAUCACACAGAGCUGUUGAAUAACCUGAAAGCUGUGAAUCAGGCAAUCCAAAGGGCUGGGCGGUUACGUGUUGGCAAACCUAAAACACAGGUGAUCAGUGCUUGUCGGGAUGCAAUAAGAAGCAACAACUUCAACACACUGUUCAGGAUAAUGCGUGUGGGAACAGCUUCUUCUUAGGCAGAGGAGCAGCAGCUGUGCAGAGGCAAUGAUUCCAUGCACUGAGCAGAUAAUGCAUGACAAGCAGUUAAUUCAGACCGCUACUCCACUGUAGGGUGAAGUAAAUACAAUGGUAGUGCUGUAGUUAACUUGUUAGGUGAGAAAUGUUAUACAGACCAAAACUCCAUUAAGAGAGCAUCAGAGUGCAGAUGUGGUAUUUAUGCAAGACAGAAGUUCAAACAGUUAUUUUUUAUUACAGUAACUUAUUUAUGUAUUUAAAUAUAUUUUGUAGUUAAGGUCCAUUAAAACAUAGACUGGCUUGACUGAUUUUGUUCUGAUUUAGUUGGGGAGAUGUGUACUGCUAAAUUUGUUUGUUGAAAAAAACCCAACCCAAAGAACUUCUCUGAUUUCUGCUGCAUAGUUCCUUUACACUUGAACUCCCUGUGCUGGAGAGUCUGGGGUUUCACACAGGGAUGCAUGGCUCUCUUGGUAAACUGCAGAGCAGUGCAUGAAAACCACCAAAAGAUAACAUCUUGCUGGCUCUUAAGCCAGAAGAUCUUUGACAGGUAUCCAGUUCCAUGAUCUGUGCAGGUAGGAUGUCGUCUGUUUCAUAUCCAGCAUUCUCCCCACACCUGGAUUGCAGAAACUUUUGCUUCCACCUACUGGUUCUGUGCUACUGCUGGAAAAACUGCAGAUACGGAGAUGAGCAAGGGUGCAUUUCAGGAACAACAAAAACAACUACACACCCAAGCUUGGUGCAUAAUCAUGAAGAGCUGGUAGUACUUAAUGGGAUCAAAAGAAGGUAUUGGAAAAUUACUUGGCUCCUGGCUCAAACCUGUUUAAUUGUGUGAUCUCUUAGAAUUGGAUUAAAAUAUUACACUAAGGCUCUAUCUCAGAUCUAAAGGUAUUUUAGAACCUUUGCCAAAGCAAAUUUCUUUUUGAAGCUAAAAAUAACCUGCACAGGAUCGAGAUUGGGCCCAGUGCUCCUGCAUCAGCAUCACCCUUGCCACCAUACAAUGGUGUUUGCAACGUGGGCAGAGAGGAGUUGGCCCAUCUCGAAGUUCUUGGGUGGCUUCUUGGGGGUGUCAGAAAGAGUCAUGGCCUCUUACUGGUCUCUCUUACAAGCCACCUGAAUUAAAACCAGCAACUUACCCUUUGUUACAGAGCCACUAGUGAGCAUGGUGUGACCAGUUGAAUGGGGAAUGUAAUUCUAUCAAGGUUUUAUUCCCAAAACUGCCUCUCACCACUGCCUUGGCCCCUUCCCUAUGGAGAACUAUGCUGCUGAAAGCGCAGAUCAGUGUCAGUUAGAAUCUGCAGCAGGAGCUCAUUUGAACCCUUCAAGAAACUGGUUGUUAGUCAAAUCCAGCUGCUUUGUAGAAGGGUGGUGAGCCACCCAUGCUGUUCUAAGCAAGUGAGCUCAGAGACUUGAUUAUGGAACAGUCUCCUGGCAUAAGUGCUGGGCUUUCUGCCACUUGCUGUACCUGUUCCCACUGUUUCAAGCUCUUGUUCUUUAUGUUCAAAAUCCUAAUGCUUGCUUGCUUACAUUUAUGUACUCCAUUUAAUGAUAAGAGAGCAAGAGAGCGGCUCUGGUCAGAAAGCAGCUUUCCCAUCAGUCUGAUUUUCAGGACUAUGCACCAGGCACUGCCAGUCUCAGCUGUGGUCUGCUCCUGGCAGUGAGGUCAGUCCUUCACUCCCUGUGCAGACCUUUGGUAAGGCUGAUUUCCCUUAUCUAAGUUUCUGACAACAAAUUUUAAAUUUAUUUUCCUGUAAAACCAACUUUUACCUUUGACAAAUGAAAAAUGCACAUACCUUGCAAGUGGCUGCACCUAAUUGUAAAUACAGAUUGGUAUCCAGCAAGAGCAUCUAUAGAGAAAGCUCCCAUUACUGGCACUGUAUAAAUUUUACUGGCACUGUAUAAAUUAAGGCCCCUCUUCCUCCAGUAGCUCAUGUAAUUUGAAAUUUUAGUGAGUGAAGUCUUUCCUCUGUACCUGCAGCACCAGUCAUGCCUGGGACUGCCUGUGGCUUUAGGACCUAACAAGAAGGGCGGGAGCGCAGAGACGUUCAUUUUUAAACCUUUGAAAGCUAACUGCAAAUUUGGCUUCUUAAAUUACUUCAUCUGAGUCACCAGAGGAAGAAGGGUGGUUCCUUAUGUGAUCAGGUAGAUAGGGGCUUGCUCAAGCAGAGGCUGGUAUGCCCUCUAGUGUAAUACUUAUUAUUAAAAAGCAGCGAGCUCUAAAGAGCCUGACUUCUUCCCAAUCUUCUGGAAGGAUGUUCCAAGAUCUACCAAGCACAUUGUUAGGCUCACAAUGCAGUCAAAGAAGUAACUUUGUUUUGUUAAUGAAUUUACUCCCAACUUUGCCUAGCAGACUGUGCUGUGAAUAGCUGUGGUGUCUGUCAGUUUUGUUCCAAACUACCCAAAUAAAGUAGUGUUUUUUUUCUUUGAAA